GCGGCGGUUGGCGAGGGCGGAGGUGAUGUUCUGCGCCGGCCGAUUGCGCGCAUUUAGGAAGUGGGUGCAUCGGUAUACCCAGGAAAUCCGCGACCACAGAAGAGGCUGCGAGAGGCCUUUCGACCUGAGGGAUCCCGGCUCGAGUUUGACAGCGACCCGUCCCGACUCGUUCGCUCCCCUCUCCCCAACGGACACCAUGUGCUGGGACGGCUUCGGCUGAGGGGGAGCGCACUGCUUCACGGCACUCUAGGAGGGACUGUCCACCACCGACUGGGAGCCAGCACCCUCGCCCCGCUUCCGGAUCCCCGGGCCCAAGAGCCGGGACCCCACCAUCACCCCCCCCUGCACUGGGGAGAGACCUGGGGGAGGACUUCGCCACCUCCCGGCGGUCUGGGUCGAACCUCGUGAGCCACCAUGUCCGGCCAGCAGAUCCCCUUGGACAGCCAGCUGCCGGUUCCCCUGCUGAACAAACUCCGAGCGUUGAGCCCCGAGGAGCUGCAGCAGGUGCUGGACGAUGACGAGAAGAUGAAGGCGCUGGUGCUGGACAGCGAGGAGGUCCAGAACCUGCAACUGGAGCGGGAGAUGUCCCUGGCCACCAACCGCAGCCUGGCCGAGUCCAACCUGGAGCUGCAGCCCCGCCUGGAGAGGGGGAAGGCGCGGCUGAUGGAGGGGUACGGCGAACUGCGGGUCGCCCACCAGGCCGUGACCGAGCGACACCAGAAGCUGGACAGCCAACGGCAGCAGGCGGACCCCGACGGGCUGCUGGCAGUGCUGCAGGCCGAGGGGGCGAAGGUGGAGGCAGAGUCUGAGGAACUGGCCGAGGCGUUCCUGGACGGGCAGUGCACGCUGGACACCUUUCUGGAGCGUUACACCGAGCAGCGCCGGCUGGCGCACGCACGCCGGGUCCGCGUGGAGAAGUUGCAGGAGAUCCUCCAGCGCCGGGCGGCCAUCUCCUCCUCCUCCUCCUCCUCCUUCACGACGCCUCCCCCUCCGCAGGAUAGCCCUCCCCAGCCCUGCCGGCCGCCUCCCCCCCGGCCCGCGCACCCGGCCCCCCGCCCCCCCUCGGACCUGCCCUACGACCCCAACCCCAGCGAGCCGGGCCAGGCCCGGGACCCCAUUGCCGUGCCCUGCCCCCGGGGCGCUCCCCCCUACUACCCUGCACCUAGUCCCCGCGGCUCCCCCGCCUUCUCCCGGGGCGCCCCCUCCUACCCGCAGGCCUCCCCCUCCUACCCUGCCCCCGGCCCUCGGGCGGCUCCCUCCUACCCCCAGAGUGCCCCCUCCUACCCGCAGGGCGCCCCCUCCUACCCAGCCCCAAGUCCCCAGAGAGCUCCCUCCUACCCCCAGGGUGCCCCUUCUUACCCAGCUCCCAAUCCCCGCGGCCCCCCCUCCUUCCCUCCGGGCGCCCCUGCUUACCCCGGUCCCGGCCCCCGGGGUGACCCCUCGCGCCCUCAGCCCGCCCCACCCUACCCUGCCCCGCUGCCGCCCCCCUCCCCACACUUCCGCCCCCCGGGCCAGGGCCCAGCCCCGCCCUACCCCCUCCUGGGGCACCAGCUCCCCUACCCCUCGGUCCCCUAUGGUUACCACCCCCCCGGGACCCCUCCCGGUUUGCCCUACCCACAGCCCCGCCCUUACUAAGGCUGUUCCUCCUCCCCCUCACCUCCCUCCCGCCCGCUCGCCGGCGUGACUUGGCCCCCCUCCCCCUCACUGUUGGCGUCUCAGUUGGUGAGGGUGGGGUCAGGGAACUCACUUUUUUUCCUUUCUGGUUUUUGGUAGUGGGGGGGUGUGGUUUAUGGUGAAGAUAGCAACUGUCCUUCGGGGGGUAGUGGCAUCUUUACAUUCCCCACCCUCCUUUUUAUUUUUCUACCUGCCCUCUUACCGAAUCCCUUCCCUUGCCCCCACUCGAAUUGCACGCUGCCCUUAACUGGAAUUACAGGGCGGGGUGUGAAGAUCGAAGCCGCUCUCUGGCUCCUGCUCGGCGCGAAGCGAUGCCUUGGUCCCACCCCUUCCUUAUCCUUGCGUAACCGGGGACCCGGAUCCGCCCGUUCCGGCUCCCCUCGUCCUCCGCUUGCCCGAAAUCGCACCCGAAUCCCUUCAGAGAUCUAUAUUUAAUGGAAAAGACGUACAAAUUGACCAUCUAUUGCUAUGUAACAGAUUAAAAUAUUCUCUUAU